AUGGUUAUUCACAUGAGAAAAGAUUCUUUGUUCAUCUGUGUGUUUAAGACAUCAGCUGAGGAACACAUCAGCUUAAUGUAUGAUUUAUUUGUUAUUCGAUUUGGUAUUCCCGUUCUCUAUCGUUUGCUUUUGUCUCAAUAUGCGAAUUUCUCAUUAGAAGAAGAAUAUUUUGCGAAACAGCUUGAAUGUUUAUUGUGUUAUAAGCUUAGCGUGAAACAUUAA